UUGAUUUGGUGUCAACAGCUGAUAGUUUGAAUUUUCAAAAUCAAUUUUUCUAUACGUAUAUUUGUUUGCCCUUAUUUUGUGUGCUAAUUUUAUAAGCUUUUAUUGCAUUGUGCGCGAAAGCUCGGAGAACGACGUUUGUUUGAUCAAUUAUUGGGAAGUUCUGGUGGGAGUGAAGCAAUUUUGUGUAUUUAUGUUAAGGAAUUUCUGCAGUUUUCAUAGUUCGCAUUUAGUAUUACGCCAUGGAUCCGAAUAGCGCGGGCGAUGCAUUAACGGCUUCAGCUAUUAACAUACGUCCUAAAAAUAUUUACGGCUUACGUACAGAUGUUGUUGGUAAUAUUCAUUUUAAUCUAAAUCAAGAGGUCAUUUACCCAGUGGAAGGCGUACUGGCAUUUCACGACUAUGUCAGCAACAAGCAACGUUUUCUUAGAUUGCCAGAGGAUACGCAUCCUGAGUAUAUAGCGAUGAGUGUGCAGCGGAAAUUGUUGGCGGUUAUCGAAACGUGUCCUAAAAUCGGCACUUCGAUUUCCAUAUAUGAUUUGGCCACACUCAAGAAACGUCGCAGCCUACCAUUUCCUAAUGCCACUGCCAAUGCAUCGUUUAUGUCGUUUACCGCCGAUGCCAAGACGAUUGUGAUACUUACCAAACCACCCGACGAAGCAUUAUAUAUGUUGUUGUUGGACAAAACUGGUACUGUAAUCGAAUCUCAUCCGACUAUGAGUAUGGCGCGUGGCAGUGUUGAGUGUUUUGCCUGCAAUCCACAGGAUCACUGUUCAGUCGCCGUAGGGGGUGAUUGUGUAUUGCUUCUAAUGGCCAAGUCUGAGAAAGGCAUGAGCAUUAGCAAUAAUAUUAAAGCCGAUUUUCACACUACUUCUAUGGCCUUCAUUGCCAAUGAUUUACUUAUGAUUGGCACCAGCCAGAAUGAGCUGAUUAUGCUGGAGAAUGGUGAUGUAAAACUGAGACAGAAGGCGCAUGAUGCAGAACUCAUCGAUAUUUUGUGGGAUCAGGACGCAUUGAAUAAAGAAUUGGAACAUAAGAUCACGACCGAACUAAAACUCAGUGAUCAGCGGGUAGUAUGCAUGACGGCAUUUCAACGUGGCUUCGCUUUUGCCAUUUUCAAUAUGGUGUUCGUUUUCGAACGCGUCUCCAAAUUUAAGCUCGAACGAAAGACAAUAUUGACUAUACCUUUUGGAUUUGCACCGGAACAAAGUUAUCAGAUUACAAAUAUUGCGAUAUGUGCGCGCCAGGAGACGAUCAUUGCAACGACCAAACAUGCGCAAAUCUAUGUUGGCGUUCUGAUCGUACCAGAAACAUUGAAGGCCAAACAAUUACAAUUUCAACCGUUAGGCGCAUGGAUACACCUAUCGGAAAUAACUAGCAUGUCGGUUUGCUCGUGGAAGCCGAUUAUAAUGACGGCAUCACGCGACCAGACUGUACGCAUUUGGAACUAUGAAACUGAUAAAGUUGAAUUGGUUCGUAAAUUUCAAGUAAACGUGAAUAUAGUGGAGCUAAAUUCAACGGGAUUGAUGGCUGCAAUUGGUUUUUCGGAUCAGUUACGUAUUACGCAAAUAUUUAUGGAUGAACUGAAUAUCGUUAAAACCUAUAACUUCCCACGUUGCAAAGAUGUUAAGUACUCGAAUUAUGGUCACUUUAUGGCUGCUGCUUAUGACAAUAUUAUUAGCAUUACAUCUGUUUAUAAUUUGGAUAUUGUAAGGCAGCUAAAGGGACACAAUGGCACUGUGCUUUCCGUUGCCUGGUCGGCCACUGAUAAGUAUCUUAUAUCGGGUGGCGCAGAGGGCGCCAUCUAUCAGUGGGAUGUCGAGACUGGUGCACGUGUCCAGGAGAUUGUACAAAAAGGCACCGAAUACCGUUCCGUUUGUUGCACCUUCAACGAGCCACUCUCUAUCUAUGCUGCGACCAACUUUGGUGUGCUACGAGAAUUCCAUAAUUCGGAGGUCGUGCGCGAAAUUGUUGUACCCUCCAAGGUGCGCACGCCACUCACAGAUAUGUGUUUGUCACGUUCGGAUCUCAUUAUGUUUGUUGGCAAUGAAGAUGGUGACUUAUUCAACAUUCAACUGCCGUUCAUGGAUGCUGGUGGCGCCUCUUGUACACUGUUUCGCUUCUUUACCACCCAAAUUAAUAAACUCUUCUUCUCGUAUGAUGGCACUUUGCUAUUGGCAAUCUCCAAGAAUGGCACAUUGGCCAUUUGGGCGAUGGAUAAUAUUGAAGGCAAAGUAGCACCAAUGGAUGCAGAUUUGAUGCGUAGCCAAGAAGUGCUCAUACCACGUAGUAUAUUGUCCGAGAAGAAUGAGCAGAUAGCGAAUUUGGAAAUUCGUUUGCGGCAGCAGGCUGAAGAGUUUCAAUAUCAGCUAAGCCAGAAUGAGAUAUUUGAUGGAGAGCAGCUGGCCGAGGUGCAUCGUAGUUAUUGUCAGGCGCUUGAGGAAUUAAAGAAUAAAAACAAUGAAAUCGAGCAAAAACACACCGAGGAGAUGAAUCAGAUCACUUACCAAAUAAAUGAUAUACGGGAUGAGCAUAGGAAGCAUCUUGAUAAUCUGGCCAACCAGUAUUCGGAGCGCAUGUUGGUCGAAUACCAAAAGUUCAGCAAUUUGCGCGAGAGUAUGCUCACGCUACGCGAUAGUUAUGAGAGUAAGUUGAAGAGCUCAGCCGGUAUACUGCAGGAUACGGUCGAGGGAUUGGAAACGGACUACAAGCGACAACUGGAUGAACGCAAAGAGUUGAUACGCGAACUUAUGAAGGAAAUGCAAGACAAAAAGAUCGAAUUCUUUAAGUAUUGUCGUGAAGUGGAAGAAGAGAAUGACCGAAACAUGGUGGAUAUGCAAUUGCAGUACGAGAAUAAGUUGAAUAACGAACAGAAUGCAACUCAAUUAUGGCGUGGCAAGUCUGGUAUUUUAGAUAAGAGAUAUCAAACUCUAAGUAAAGAUAUCGAGAAAUUGCUCGAAGAGGUGGAAACAUUAAAGGAAGAGCACACUAAGUCACAAAAGAAUAUUGGACACUUAACACGCUCUAUCGAUGACUUAAUGAAAGACAUUUCAGAUCGUGAUUAUGCCAUCAAUGCCAAAGAGAAGCGCAUACAGGAGCUAUUGCACAAGAAUCAAGAAUUGGACAAAUACAAGCAAGUGCUGUCGCAUAAAAUCGCCGAGCUGAAGGCUCAGAUUGAACCGCGUGAGUUUCAAAUCAACGACAAGCGUAAGCAUAUACUCGAAAUGGAAAACGAACUGGAGGGUUUGAAUCAGAAUAAUAUACAAUUGGAGUUGCAGCUGAAAGAGCUGAAGGACAAGUAUCUAAGCAAUGUAGCGGAGAUGAAGGUGGAACGGCAUCGAUCGCGGGCUGCUCGAGAAUGUGUCACAAGUAUUUGCAGCGAGAUCUAUCAUGUAGCUGCAUUCGUAGAUAGUCCAAAGCAACUACAAGUAAAAGUGAAAGAAUUAUUUCAACGUCAUGCCAGCGAUGAUGAGCUCAAACGUCAUAUAUCAUUGGAUGCUGAGGUUCGAGACGAAUUCCAACGGCAACGCGGACAAAUUGAGCGCGUUUUGAAAAUUCAAAGAAAUCGACGGACUGAAGACGAAGCAAAGAAGUAUCAGAAGCUCUUUAAGGAAAAUGUGGUUCUGGUUGAUGAAGUCGAUCGAUUGCGCGAAGAGAAUGCACACUUGCGCCAUCGUGUGAAAAAGGAUUUAGCAAAACAAAAGUUAACAAGAAAAUCUUAGUUCGUUACCCCCUAAACUUGAUCUCUUGAAAAUACAUACACAUACAUUUACAUAUUUUUGGAAACAAAAAAAAUAAAUUUUUUGGUUGUUAUAAAAUAAA